UAUCUCAUCACCCCUGCAUCACCCUCGGAUUCCAAUUCAUCCGAUCGACGCCAAGAUGAAUGUGGAAAAGCUAAUGAAGAUGGCAGGUGCUGUUCGCACCGGUGGGAAGGGUAGCAUGAGAAGAAAGAAGAAGGCUAUACAUAAAACAACCACCACAGAUGACAAAAGGCUGCAGAGCACUUUGAAGAGAAUAGGGGUAACCGCAAUAACCCAAAUUGAAGAAGUUAACAUCUUUAAGGAUGAAACAGUUAUCCAGUUCUUAAAUCCCAAAGUUCAAGCCGCUAUUGGUGCCAACACGUGGGUGGUUAGUGGUUCUCCUCAAACAAAGCAAUUGCAAGAUAUUCUCCCAGGCAUUCUGAACCAGCUGGGGCCAGAUAACUUGGAUAACUUGAGAAAGUUAGCCGAGCAGUUCCAGAAGCAGGCACCAGGUGCGGGUGAAGGCAUCGCUGCUGCCGCAGCAGCCCAGGAGGACGAUGAUGAAGUCCCGGAGCUCGUGGCAGGUGAAACUUUUGAAGCUGCUGCAGAGGAAGGACACAAAUCUUAAAGAGAACAUUGUGUUGAUUUUUAUAGAACCAUUGCUUUUGAUGCUUCUUUUUGCAUAACAAAUAUUUUAGUAAUCAAUUUUGAUGAUGCUUUGCUACUUGUAGGAAUUUUUGUUCUUUUUUCUUGUCAUUUUCUGCUCUAAUUUUUAUUUUUCCAAAUUCCCACUUUUUUUCAUACCCAAAUAUUUGGCUGGGAUUUGGAGUAAAUUGCAUAGGACGGGUCCUUAUUUUUUAUGUGUUCAUAAUCCUAAAAAUCUUUUAUAUUAUUUGAGGGUAAUUUUGUAAUAUUUGUCAUGUUCUCGUCAAGAUGUAUAAAUAACUUAUCCUUUUGUAUCUUAGUCGUACCAAGAAAUAGACAAACUAUAUGCAAGGGUGUUCGCC